CAGAACUCACAAACACAAACACAUACAUGCUCUCUCUGCUUCUUCAAAACACUAUCAUCAAUGGCAGCCAUAACAACCAGAGAUGAAUCUGACUAUGAUAGCAGCUGCUCAUCCAUAACGGUGCCGGACUCGAGCCGGAGCUGGAUGAGCAACCUGAGCUUCAGCAGCCGCCGCCGGAGCUCAGUCUCCGUCUGUUCCUCUGCCACUGAAGCAUCUCUGAUUUCCUCUGCUCACAAGCCCCACAAGGCUAACCAAGCUGCAUGGGAAGCCAUGAGGCGGCUCAGGAGCACCAAGGGCCGAGUUGGGCUCGACCAUUUUCGGCUCCUGCGCCGUCUCGGCAGCGGUGACAUAGGCAACGUUUACCUUUGCCAGAUAAGGAACCCUGUGGUGGGUUUGCCUCAGUGCUUUUAUGCCAUGAAAGUGGUGGACAGAGAAGCACUUGCUAUAAGGAAGAAACUGCAUAGAGCUGAAAUGGAGAAGGAGAUUUUGGACAUGCUUGAUCACCCUUUUCUGCCUACUCUCUAUGCUGAGUUUGAUGCUUCUCACUAUUCUUGCUUGGUUAUGGAGUUUUGCCCUGGCGGUGACUUGUAUGCCGCUCGACAACGCCUGCCCGGAAAAUGCUUUAGCAUCUCAUCUGCUAGGUUUUACGCGGCAGAGACGCUGUUAGCUCUAGAGUAUCUACACAUGAUGGGGAUUGUUUACAGAGACUUGAAGCCUGAAAAUGUGCUGGUUAGAGAGGAUGGUCACAUUAUGCUUUCAGAUUUUGAUCUGUCACUCAAAUGCGACGUCGUUCCGAAGUUGCUAAGGCGCAAAAUGGACUUAGAAUCCAACCAAAAGAAUGUAAAGAGCUCCUCAAUGCCAUACUGUGUUGCAGCCCCCAUGCAGCCUGUGCUCUCUUGUUUCUCUGCCUCAAACAAGAAAAAGAAAGGCACAGUCACAACCAUAACAGAACAAGUUGGUGCUGAUAAUAAUCAUGAUAAUAAUGAUGAUGAUCAUCAUCAAGAACUUGACCCGGAAAUGGUAGCCGAACCGAUCGAAGCCCGGUCCAAGUCAUUUGUGGGGACACAUGAGUACUUAGCACCAGAGGUGAUCUCAGGGCAAGGCCAUGGAAGUGCAGUGGAUUGGUGGACAUUUGGGGUGUUCUUGUAUGAAAUGUUAUAUGGGAGAACACCUUUCAAAGGUGAAAACAAUGAGAAAACCCUCAUUAACAUUCUUAAGCAGCCAUUAAGGUUUCCAAGAGUUGGGGUUAGCAACAGCAAGGAGUUUGAAGAGAUGGUCAAAGUUCAAGAUCUUAUAAGCAAGCUUUUGGUGAAGAAUCCCAAGAAGAGAAUUGGCAGCUUAAAAGGGUCAGUCGAGAUCAAAAGGCAUGAUUUCUUUAAGGGUGUGAAUUGGGCUUUGAUUAGGUCUGUUAGGCCUCCUCAUGUCCCUGCUGCUAAUAGUGAUUUGCAUAAUAAGAUUAGAAAUAGAGCUUACUUGCCUAAGUUAAGCAAGAAGGAGAGAGAUGAACCAUUUCAGAUCCCUCAUCAUGUUGAUUAUUUCUAAUUGCUUAGAAUGUAAAUAGGUAAAGCAGAAAGCAAAGUAACUUUCAUGCUUGACACCAUAGAAACUAAGAUUUUUCCUCUGUUUUUCCUACUAAUUAAUGAGAAUUAUGAUUUUUAUAAUGUACAAUAUAUUAGUCACUCUGCUACAAUGCUAAUUACUCUCCCUUCUCUCUCUUCUCUCUCUUCUCUCUCUGUGUAUAUGCAAGUAUAGAAUACAGAGAGAGAAAAGAAGUUUGUGUAAAAGUAGAGGAUCCCAUAAUUGUCCCAAUGGGAUUUCCAUGAGAAGUCUAUGAAGUCAUGUGAGGACAAUAAUUACUCCUGUCAAUGAUGGAAAGAAUUAUAAUAAAAAAGAAAAAUGGAAUGAUAUAUGCUUCUUUUUUUUACUUUUUAUGAAAAUGGUCUACUUUUUGCAUAUGGGCACUUUCAUAUCCACGCAUUCACUUCACAGGUUCUUUUUCACCAAGAAAGCCAUCAUGCUUCCUCGCUUCUUUUUGUUCUUCUGAUAUUUUUUAUCAUGUAAAGGCCAACCUUCUUUUUUCCUUUUCCCCAUAUCCAUCUUACCACUUUCUGUUAUUAAUAAUCUUACUGAUCAAACAUGUACGAUUAGAGAGAGAGAGAGAGAGC